ACCCACAGCCCCGGCGCUGCCGCCGCUGGCUCUGCCCUCCGAAGGGCGGCCAGCCUUCCUCAGCAGGCAACAAGGAUGUGCUCUUCAGGCCCCCCAAGGGGAAGCUUCCCUGGCACAGCCGGGAGGUCCGGGGCCGAGCAGUGACCCCUGCCCACCGGCUGCCUGCAGAGCCGGGGCAGCGCCCCGUUCCUCGCUUCCCUGCGAUGGGCACCGCGUGGGAUGUGUGCGCGCUCCUCUCGGCGGUGGUGCUCGCCACCCAGGCUUUCCCCCAGACGAACAUCAAGAUCAGCCAAGCCAUGCCAGAGCCCGUCCAUGCCUACUCCUGCCCGCUCUUCUGGACCGAAUACGAGGGCCACUGCUACCGGUACUUUCCCAUCAACAAAACCUGGGCUGAAGCUGACCUCUACUGCGCCGAGUUCUCCAUUGGCAUCAGAUCAGCCAAGCUGGCCUCCAUCCACAGCUGGGAAGAAAACGUCUUUGUGUAUGACCUGGUGAACAGCCGCGUGCCGGGCAUCCCCACCGACAUCUGGAUGGGACUCAAUGACCUCCGGCAGGAGGGUCACUUCGAGUGGACGGAUGGCUCCUCCUAUGACUACCACUACUGGGAUGGCAGUCAGCCUGAUGAUGGGAUCCACUCCAUCCCGGAGGAGGAGGACUGCGUGCAGAUCUGGUACAGGCACAGCAGCGCAUUGCGCUCCUGGAAUGACAACGCCUGUGGCAGAGCCUUCCCGUUUGUCUGCAAGAUCCCUUCGCUGGCCCUGGACUGAGGCUGCCGAUGCUGCCUGCGCCCCCCGCAUUUUGGGUCAUCUCUCCAGCCCUACCAGGGAGGGAAGAGCGGCCAGGACGUGGCACAGGUGGCAAGAGCUGUGGAGCUGCUCAGCAUCCCCAGCCAGAGCCCAGCUGCAAAAUCCCUCCUGGGAGCACCGCAGGGGUGAACCUGCUGCUUACCCUCCCCAUGGGCAAACAGCACUGGGAGCUGUGUCAAACAGCCAAGGAGCGCCCCAAGCCAGAGCUUGGCUUUGGGUUUCAGAUCAAUCAUCACUGUGUAUUAGAGGAAACUUAUGAUUUUAUCAAUACAUCAAACUGUUUGUACCAAAAAAUAGCCACGUCUAGGAAAUUAUUUUGCCUGUUGGAUUUUGCCCAUUGAUCCAUGAAGAGUAGAGAAAACGUGUUGUUUUCUGUUAAGUUAUGCAAAAUGCCUUUUGUGCACGUUAUUUUCUUCUCCACUAAAAUAAACAGCAAACAGCAGGUGGAGGCUCCUCUGUCUUUC